AUGGCCACUUCGGCGGAUGCCCUACAGGAUCUUAUGGCGCAACCAGCACUCAGCCCUCCCGAUGGAAUCACGCCCGACUUUGAGAAUCCCUCAAACGAAAACGGGUUGGCUUGGUUUGUAACGACUGUCUGCAUGGUCGUUGCGACUCUGUGCCUUGCAGUACGCGCAUAUGAUCGCGUUGUUCUUUCCAGGUUGCCGGCUGUAGAAGAAGUCUUAAUGUUUUGUGCAUACGCAGCGUAUUGGGGUACAGCGUACGCCGGAUAUAGCAUGAUAUUCACCCCCGGCUAUUACGUUCACACGUGGAACUUGACCAAUGCAGAUCUGGUUCGUCCGCUCUAUCUCAUCCUGGUCUACGGUUGCAGUUAUUCUGCCACUAUGCCUUUGGUCAAAGUCGCCAUCUUGCUUGACUGGUGCAGAAUCUUUGUUCCCGACAGGACUAGAAGUGUUUUCUGGUGGACAUGUAUGAUGCUCAUUGUACUCCAAGCCGGCUGGGGAAUUGCUUGCAUUAUUCUUUUGAAUGUGCAAUGCGUACCACAUCAAGCAAUUUGGGAGUUCUACUUGCCCUCCAAAUGCUUCAAACUUCCCAACGUCAUGCUUGCUUCUGCCAGCGUUCAGGUUUUCACAGACUUUGUCAUGGUCAUGCUACCACAACGAGUUAUCUGGAGUCUACACAUGAACUGGAGGAGGAAAGUGGGCAUGUCUCUCGUGUUUAGUAUGGGAAUUUUAGCUUGUGUCGGAGCUACCGUACGCCUUUCCACGACCAUCACAUUUUCAAAAGAGAGCGAUACCAUGUACUACAUCGGCCCCCUCCUGUUCUGGGCCUGUGCAGAGAUGACAAUUGGGUUCUUCAUUCUUUGUGUUCCUUGCCUACCAAAGGUUUUACACGAAUCCGGUUUCUCGUAUGCGAUUCGAAAUGCGCUUACCCGGAGCAAGAAAUCUUCAGCCCAUGUUUCCCACGACCCCCCAAAUCAUGAUCACGAGCUGCCUAUAUUUCCUCGGAAACGGAAGGACUCGAUCACGAUAUCGGAAACAUACCUAAGGAUGGAAGAUGACGAGAUUGGCCUCAAGGAAACAGGUGCUCGGCCGUGGACUUUAUUUCAUAGCAAUGCCAAAUGA